CGCUGAUGUCAAGCGGAGACAAGUCGAGGAAUUUGAGGCCAUCGAGGAAGCCAGUUUCCGUGCUGAGUCAUCUCGUCUGGGAGUAUACUUCCUCAGGUUAAGUUAACUUGUUGGAAAUUGGAGAGCCGAGUGGGUUACCGACAAAGAAAACAUCUUUACGUCUGUAUGAGAACCCGAAUUCCAGAGACUUCCAGAGAAUUCACACUGAAACUCGGUGAUUGAUGGAAAAACCCCUGACGCGGGGCAGUUCACCCCGCGUGGGGGAACUCGGGGUGUCUUUGUAACGAGACCUUCAUUUACUUUCUAUCGGAACUUGUAAUUCUUCUUCUGUAAAUAUUCUUCUUUCUACAAAUCUUUCACAAUGGCUGCCUGCGAUACUCGUUUCAAGCUCAACACCGGCGCGGAGAUCCCCGCCCUCGGCCUGGGAACAUGGCAGUCCCAGCCCGGCGAAGUUGCACGCGCUGUCGCCCAUGCUAUUAAGGUCGGAUACCGUCACAUUGACGCUGCCCUUUGCUACGGCAAUGAGAAUGAGGUCGGCCAGGGCAUUAAGGAAGCCAUCGACUCCGGUAUCGUCAAGCGCGAGGACCUGUUCGUCACUACCAAGCUGUGGUGCUCGUUCCACGCCCGCGUCGAGGAGGGUCUGCAGCAGAGUCUGACUGAUCUCGGACUCGAUUACGUCGACCUCUACCUGAUGCACUGGCCCCUGGCCAUGAACCCCAAGGGCAACCACAACAUCUUCCCCAAGCUUCCCGAUGGAUCGCGGGACAUUGACCACUCCCACUCGCACGUCACCACCUGGAAGAGCAUGGAGAAGCUCGUCGGUACCGGCAAGGUCAAGGCCAUUGGUGUCUCCAACUACAGUGUCCAGUACCUGGAGGAGCUCCUGCCCCAGGCCACCAUUAUCCCCGCUGCCAACCAGAUCGAGAACCACCCCUCGCUGCCUCAGCAGGAGAUCGUGGACUUCUGCAAGCAGAAGGGUAUCCACAUCACUGCUUACAGCCCUCUCGGCAGCACUGGCAGCCCUCUGUUCACUGCCGAGCCCAUCGUCUCCGUUGCCAACAAGCGUGGUGUUACCCCUGCUACUGUUCUCCUCAGCUGGCACAUCGCCCGCGGCUCCUCCGUCCUGGCCAAGUCCGUCACCCCAGCCCGCAUCGAGGCCAACCGCGCCGACCUGAUCAAGCUGGACGCCGAGGAUCUGGCUACUAUCCAGAAGUACAGCGACCAGCUCAAGGCCGAGAACAAGUUCCAGCGCUUUGUCUUCCCUCCUUUCGGUGUUAACUUUGGGUUCCCCGAUAAGCAGUAAUUGGGUCUUUGUAUAGACUGGUCGAUAGAGCCUUCGUACAUAGAGAGCGUAGAUCGGUGUAUUUGUUUUCGUUGCUAUAGAUACCAGGAAAAUUUAUGAUUUCAUGAAUAUCAC